UGGUAAAGCAGAAUUCUGUGAGACGUAAUUAAGAAUUUUGUGUGUGAGAAAUGCAGCUGAAAUUCAUGAAAACUGUUGUUGAAGCGCAAGACUAUCUGUAUCGCGUGGCCGGACUAACUUGGUCACCGAACAACCAAAAGCUUGCGGUGGCUACUGCGGAUCGAACGAUUCUACUGUUUGACGAGAACGGCGAACGACGGGACAAGUUCUCGACAAAGCCCGGUGAUCCCAAUGCUGGCAAAAGUUCCUACGUCAUUCGAGGGAUUGCGUUCAGCCCGGACUCGAGUAGGCUGGCUGUGGCGCAAAGCGAUAAUAUCGUUUAUGUGUAUAAGCUGGGCGAAUCAUGGAAUGAGAAAAAGGUCAUCUGCAAUAAGUUUCCGCAAGGUGGUGCUGUAACUUGCAUCACAUGGCUGUCGGGUGGAAUGAUCAUCGCUGGGCUCGAAGACGGUAAGGUUCGGUCGCUGCACUGUAAGAACAAUAAAUCGAAGACAUUGUAUGGGGCGGAAAGCUUUGUAGUAUCGCUCGCUCCGAAUGCGAGAGGAACUGGGCUUUUGUCUGGGCACGACGAUGGAUCGGUAAUCAAGUUUUACAUUAUUGAAGAGCCUGGUGAAACUUCCGGUAGGAUCCUGCAGCAUCCGGUAGCUCCAGUGUCGUUGGCAUGGCCUCAAAGUGGUGUACUGGUAGGAGGAUGUGACAAGAAGAUUUGCUUCUACGACACCAUAGGUCGGUUGACUCGUACAUUUGACUACACUAGAGAUGAUACGGAACGGGAGUUUACGAUCGCUGCCUCUAGCCCUAAUGGGCAAGCUGUGGCAGUUGGUAGUUUUGAUAGAAUUCGUAUUUUUACUUGGAGUCCUAGGCAGAAUACGUGGGCUGAGUCCCUUUGCAAGAGCAUUCCAAAUUUGUACACGGUGACGGCUAUUGCGUGGAGAAAGGAUGGCUCCCGGUUAACGGUAGGAUCGCUAUGCGGAGCUGUAUUGGCUUAUGAGUCGGUCUUGCGUCGCACGAUCUGGCAGGAUAAGUUUGAGUUAACCUUCGUUGCUCCAAGUCAAGUUUUGCUCAAGUCACUUCAUGAACCCUCGAAUACCAUGAUCGUUGAGUCUCAGUUGGGGUUGGAGAUUGAUGACGUACGAAUAAUGGGAAAGGAUAAUUACUUGGUCGGGCGAACUGAAGAUUCGCUUAUUCUAUGCGACCUUAUUCGUUCUUUGACCAGUGAAAUCCCCUGGAUUGCGACUGGUCGUCACGAGAGAUUCUACUUUGAAAAUCCUACGGUUGCACUGAUCUUCAAUGCCGGGGAGCUCUCCCUGAUAGAAUACGGAGAAAACUACAUCCUGGGUUCCGUCCGCACAGAAUUCGUCAACCCACACGUUAUUUCAGUUCGUCUGAACGAACGCGGAAAUACAACAAACAACAAGAAACUUGCUUAUCUUCUGGACAUGAAAACCGUUUGCGUAGUAGACCUGAUCUUGCAGUCAACGAUAACUCAGAUAACUCAUGAUUCCAAGAUAGAUUGGUUGGAACUGAGUGAAACCGGUCACAAACUACUGUUCAGAGACAAAAAGAUGCGCCUUCUGUUGGUAGAUAUCAUGAGCGGAAAGAAGCAGACACUGCUGGCCAAGGUGGCGUUCGUUCAGUGGGUACCCUCGAGUGAUGUCGCCGUAGCGCAGAGUGACUCUAACCUGGCCGUCUGGUACAACAUUGAUCUGCCGGAGCACGUGACGAUUCUACCGGUUCGGGGAGAUGUGUUUGACGUGAUCCGGGAAGAUGGAAAAACUGAAGUCCACACAAGGGAGGGAGCAUCCGAACAUGUCUACAAUCUGGAUGAAGGUUUGGUAGAGUUCGGAACAGCCGUUAAUGAUAGCGACUUUGGUAGAGCAAUUUUCUAUCUGGAGUCCCUUGGGGAUAAACCUGCAGCGAAGGCAAUGUGGCAUAACCUAGCGAAUAUAGCGCUGGCUCAACAGAAUCUGCGAGUGGCUCAACGGUGCUUUGCGGCGUUGGAAAAUGCAUCCAAGACAUUCUACAUUGGGGAGAUGAUUACGAUUUCUGAAAAGUAUGAGGAAAGCACCGGGAAUCCAGGUAUGACUUGUCCGGAGGUGAGAGCUAGGAUGGCUCUGCUUGGUGGAGAUUUGAGGUCUGCCGAGAGAAUCUACAUCGAGCAAGGUGACAUCGAUGCAGCAUUGGACAUGUACAAGAAGCUUCGCAGGUGGGACGAUGCUAUCAAGCUAGCCGAACGUCGGGGAUAUCAUGGAUUGAACGAACUGAAAGAGCAACAAAUGGAGUUCCUGCUGAACACGAAUCAAGAGGAGAAAGCAGGUGAGGUAUUGGAGGAACGUGGUGAAAAGGACAAAGCAAUGACAUUGUACAUGAAAGCCAACAAACCGGUAAAGGCAGCAAAGUUAGCCCUCAAAACGCCACAUCUCUUGUCCAAUGAGAAUAUUGUGUCAAGAGUGUCUGCCUCGCUGGUCAAGGCUGAAUUGUUCGAGCUGGCAGCUGAAUUGGCUCACCGAACAGGUCAACAGGAAAAUGCCAUAGCUCUAUACCGGAAAGGAGGAGCUUACGCUCGGGCAAUCGACCUCGCUCGCUUUGUAUCACCGGACGCGGUGACCAGUUUGGAAGAGGAGUGGGGGGAUUGGUUGGUUUCAAAGCGCCAGCUUGAUGCUUCGAUUAGUCAUUACAUUGAAGCUGGCUGCACGGUCAAGGCUCUGGAAGCAGCUGUUGGAGCGAAGCAGUGGCGUAAGGCCGUUCAAAUUGCCAAAGUUGUCGACGAUCCUGAAGAGAUACGUAAGUAUGCAGUUGAGCUAGCUGAACAUCUGUGUCUGAUUGGAGAUGUAAAAACGGCUGAAGACUUGCUGGUCAGAGCCGAGAUGUACAAGGAAGCGAUCAAUCUUUUGAACAAGCACGGACAAUGGGAGAAGGCAUUUGACAUAGCAGAGAAGUAUUUGAAUACGGAUGACGUGCGUGACAUGUUUAUCGAUUUGGCAAAAGGUCUUGAGAAAGACGGAAAAUAUCGAGACGCUGAGAAGGUGCUUCUCACCAUCAACGAACCGGAUAUUGCCAUCAACAUGUACAAAGAGCUAGAGUUGUACGAUUCUAUGAUUCGGCUUGUGGAGAGAUAUCAUAAGAAUUUACUGGAGCAGACUCAUGCUUCGUUGGCUCGUCAAUUAGAAAGCAAAGGUCGGUUGAAGAACGCUGAGGUUCAUUUUCUGGCUGCAGCGGAUUGGAAAGCAGCCGUGCACAUGUACUGCAGUGCCAACAAGUGGGAGGAAGCUCAUCGCGUAGCCAAACAGAAGGGUGGCGAAGGAGCUUCGGACCAGGUUGCGUUCAUGUGGGCUAAGUCGCUUCCCAUUGAAGGAGCUGCCAGACUUCUUACCAAGAUGAACCUGAUUGAUAAUUCGAUUGCGUAUGCUUGUGAGGCAGGGCAGUUUGACUUUGCUUUGGAGCUGUGCAAAGCUAGUGGCAAACCAGCGGAUGAUGUACACUUGAAGAUUGCAAUGGCUCUGGAAGACGAUGGAAAGUUCACGGAAGCGGAAGCUGAAUUUCUGUUGGCGAACAAACCGAAGGAAGCCAUCAUGAUGCAUACUCACAGCGGUGACUGGAAGUCUGCUCUACGCGUAGCGGAAAAGUAUCUUCCCGAAGCAGUCAAGGAAGUGCUGCUCAGCCAAGCUGCUUCUGCAUUGGAGUCACGGAAUUAUCCGGAAUAUGAAGCACUGAUGAUCAGAGCUGAUCGACCGGAUUUGAUUUUGGAACACUAUAAAGAGUACAACAUGCUUAAUGAAGCGUUGAGGGUCGCUAAAGAUUAUGUUCCUUCUGCUUUAGCGGAGAUUCAGAAAAUGUAUGCCAAGGCGAAUCGUGGAAGUGCAUCUAACGAUUCGAGAUAUCUUCUUCAAAAGGCCUCCGAGUGUGCAAGAGCCGAAGAGUUCAAGAAGGCUACGGAAUGUCUGCUGCAGAUCAACGAUGGCAAUGCCGAUGAAGCAACCGUGGGAAGAGCAUUGCUUCGUGCAGCUGAAAUCUGCAACCAGUUUUUGGAAGGUCCUGAUGCGAUGGAUAUUGCUCGUGAACUUGGACCGCGUUUAAUUGAAAUCAAUCAAAUUGGACCUGCAGCUCAGCUGUAUCUGGCUGCGGAGCUCCCCCGUGAAGCAGUUGAUGUAUUUAUUAAAACUGAUAACUGGAACAAAGCUCGUCGACUUGCGAAGGAAAUUGAUCCACAGUUGGUUGCUUACGUGGAGUCUCAGCAGAAAUCACGUUUGAGAAACCAAGGCAACGUCGAACAGUUGGCCGAUAUCGACAUCAUGGGAGCUUUGGAUUUGCUGGCCGAACAAGGUCAAUGGACGCGCUGCAUCGAAAAGGCUAAGCAGCAUAGCGUUCCUGUUUUGCAAAAGUACUUGGCCCAAUACGCCGCACAGCUGAUCCGUGAUAGUGAUUGCAUUGGUGCUCUGAACCUAUAUCUGGAGCAUGGAGUACCACCUGUAGCGCAGAACUUCAACAUCUACAACCGCAUCGCACUGGAGUGCUUCGCUUUGCGUGAACCCGAUGGGGUCCAGAUUUGGAAGAACCUUCGGAACUUUCUUCUAAAUUUGGUCCAAGCUUUGCGUGGUUCGGACCAGGCUGAAGCUGACGUGAUUGACCGGUUCGAGCAGUUGCUGAUGAUUGCUCACUAUUUCUGCACGAGAGCAGCAUGUCGUCAAGCACCCGCCUUGCAGUCGAUUGCCGUCAAAAUCUCCGUUGCGAUGCUGCGUCAUACGGAUAUCAUUCCAUGUGAUAAGGGAUACUACGAAGCUGGUAUGGAUCUGCGAGGAAUGGGUCGUGAGUCGGAGGCGUUCGUUAUUCUUAACCACUAUCUGGACGUUUGCGAAGCGAUCGAGGAAGGUUCUGGCAACCUGGUCGAUCACUCUGACCUCUCGUGCACGGAUUUCCCCAGCUCGGUGCCGAUACCGGCUGAGCUGCACCUGAAGAAUGAGCAGGGCUUGCACGAGGAAGUCCGUGAAUGGGUGUUGGCCGUCAGCAUGGACCAGAAGGUCGAUCAGGUACUGCCGACCGAUGAUCGCAAUCUGUACGAGUCCAGUUUGGGUAUUUCGGACCAGGCUUGUUUGGUUAGCGCUUAUCCGGUGAUGGGGCGACAGCCGGUGGUGUUUCAGCGCACUCACCGCUUGGCGAACAGAGAUGCCUGGAGUAAGCUUACGGUUGCGGCCAGGAUGGCACCGCAGACGGAUAUUCCAAAUGUGAUUGAGUUCAUUGAAAAGUGGUGUGGACCGGCGAAUUUUCUGUCCGGAUAAAUUAAU